AUUAAAGGCUUCGUAUAAACCCCAACGACUCUUAAGUAUUCUUUAUCUUUUUUCCUAUAAAUAUACCAACAAUACACAUUACCCUCACAAUUAACUUCUUUCAUUCAACAAACCAAAACUCCAAACAAACACAGUCCUAAAAAACAGGGGCGACCCAAACCUCAAAGAACACUACACAAACAACCAUGGCAAAGAACCUUAAUGCUCUUGUUUUUGUUCUACUUACGGUAGCAACUCUUCUCCAUGGAUCUUUAGCUCAAACAAAACAUGUAGUUGGUGAUACCACAGGCUGGACCAUCCCAACCGGUGGUGCUCAAUUUUAUACCAAUUGGGCUUCCAAGAAAACCUUCACCGUUGGCGACACUCUCGUGUUCAAUUUUGCGAGUGGAGCACAUGAUGUGUCUAAGGUAACAAAAACAGCUUAUGAUGGUUGUGAUGGAACAACCACACUUUCAAAGGUGACAAACAGUCCAGCUAGUGUGACCCUUAACGAGACAGGACAACAAUAUUUCUUAUGUAGCAUCCCUGGUCACUGUUCAGCUGGUCAAAAAAUUUCAAUUAACGUUGUUAAAGCUUCUACUUCACCUGUUGCUGCUCCUAAACCAAGUGCUACACCACCAAAGGCUAGUGUGACUCCUGUUGCAGCACCUACACCAGCCACAGCUGUUUCACCUGCACCGGCACCAACCGCUGAUUCACCUGCUCCGGCUACCGGAGCUGUUACUUAUACCGUUGGUGACACCAUAGGUUGGACUAUUCCUACUAAUGGUGCUGCUGCUUAUACAACUUGGGCUUCUCGCAAAUCUUUCAAAGUUGGAGAUGUUCUUGUUUUCAAUUUCCAAUCGAGUGCACACAACGUGGAAGAAGUGACAAAGGAAAAGUAUGAUUCUUGCAACUCAGCUUCUCCAAUUGCAACUUUCAGCACCCCACCAGUCAGAGUAACACUCAACAAAACUGGUACUCAUUACUACAUCUGUGGUUUUCCUGGACACUGCAAUGGAGGUCAAAAACUUACCAUAAAAGUUGGUGGUGGUAGCAGCAGCAACAGCCCUGCCACAUCACCUUCUCCCGCCUCCUCAUCACCUUCUCCUUCCGCCGGUGCCACUCCACCCUCCGCCGAUUCUCCGUCAGGUUCUAACGUCCCUUCAUCUCAGUCUCCAGGUGGUUCAGCUACCAGCCCCCCUCCCGAGAACUCCGGUGCCGCGUCUCUUGGAGUUGCUGGAUUAUUUGUGACCUUCCUAUCAGUUGCUGCAGCAUUUUUCUGUUAGAGCAAUGACAUGAGAUGAGAUCCUAUAGUCAUUAGGAGGAUUAUUGGUUCUUGAUUUGUUUGUGUGAUUCUUUGUUUUUCUUAUGUCAUAUUGUGUUAUUUUGAUGAGGACAUUUUACAAUAAUGUUAGGUUUCUGUUCAUCUACUACAUUUUUGGUUUCAUUACUUUUUUCCUUUUUGAUGGAAUAUAGUAGGUGGUGUAUGGCUGUGUUAAUAUGCUAAUAAAUAAAUAUUGGAAAAUAAAUACUUCUAUAGUUCUUUAAAGUUGA